AUGAUCUACGAUCCAGAUGAAAUUGUAUAUCAGGUUCCUGAGUCAGUUCUCCCUCGUCCUGGCGCAAAAAAUGCUACUUCAAGCUCCAAUUCGGCGAUUCAAUUUUCAUACCAAGAAGAGCCCUUCUCCUUUGCCGUGACUCGGACGGACACAAAGGAGACUUUGUUCAAUACUUCUGGCUCCAACCUGAUCUUCCAGUCGCAGUACUUGAAUCUCCGGACGUCCUUGCCCCAGAAUCCUAAUUUGUACGGGUUGGGCGAGCACAGCGACAGUUUUCUUCUGAACACUACAAACUACACUAGGACACUGUGGAAUCGCGAUGCGUUCGAAAUCCCUGCAGGGACGAACCUUUAUGGAAGCCAUCCAAUAUACAUCGAGCAGCGCGAGACAGGUUCACAUGGAGUUUUCCUGCUCAACUCCGAUGGCAUGGACAUCAAAAUCAACCAGACCGAAUAUGGCGAGCAAUACCUAGAGUAUAAUAUUCUGGGUGGUAUUUUUGAUUUCUACUUCCUGGCUGGUCCGAGUCCGAAAGAGGUCCAUAGAGAAAGCGCCACUAUUAACAGCAGCUCCAAGUCCCCGGGAAAAAUCAUUGUAUGGGGCUGGAUUGAGAGCGCCUAG